CACAACACCACCGGAUGAAUGAUUGAUGCUGAGUGUGGAAUGUUGUUGUUCAUUCCAAACCUAUUGAGUAAAAUAAAAAAUAGGAAAAGAAUAAGUUGUAGUUAUAGAAAGAAACUUAUUCGUGCAGCUAGAAGAUUGAACCCUUCAACAAGUAACCGCCAACAACCACUUCCUCCAGUGAAUGAAAAACACACCAACUAUGUAAAGAGCACGAGUGAAGGAAAUAUGUAUUCCGUUCACCUUGCGUGUCAAAGAUAUUUUGGUGCAAGUGGUAUUUGGGGUUCACCUUUUUUUGCUGGAAAUAGGUGGAAAGAUGCAGAAGCUUGGAUACAUCAUGGUUCAGUAUAUGAUUGGAUAGGCCCUGGAGGACCUUAUAGUUGGACAAGAAAAAAUAGCCAAAAGAGAAAUAAAGAAACAAAGAGUAAGGAGUGGUAUGCUUUAUUGAAUGUGCCUAGAAAUGCAAGUUUGGAACACAUCAAAAAGGCUUUUAGAAGGAAAAUCAUUCGAAUACAUCCUGACGUCAACAGUUUGUAUCGAUGGAAUAACCAUAUCAAGGAGUAUGUGUAUGACUUGCUUACUGCCUAUCAUGUUUUGCGUGAUCCUACAACUCGUGCAGAAUAUGAUAGAAACUUGGAAAGUUAUCAAGAUACUAGUAGAAGUGAGGAAGAAGAACGAGGUUUACCUAUGUCUGACAAACUAGUCAUGUUUUGAUCAUUCAAUAUAUAUAUAUAUAUAUAUAUAUUGAAUAUAUAUUGGCUACUGAGAUGAUAAUGGAACUUGGAUGUGAUUGAAAGCAGUUUUGAAUGGCUUUUAUUUCGGAAUAUGAAAUUUUAUAUAAAAAAGAAUGAUGAUUCUCAUAGAAACUGAGUUGUAAAGACUUUUUGAGAUUUGUAUUUGCUUC